GCUCCCUCGAGGGGAACGGCCGGGCUUGUGGUUAGCCCGUGGGCUCGGGAGUCAGCAGCUUUGGGUUUCUCAUCUGGGCUUUGACUCACCCGGUGACCUCUGCUCGGUUGAUUCCUGCUCCGUUUCCCCAGCAGGAAAACCAGCGCGAUGACACACGGCCGCGACUGUGCACGGCAGUUUAUAGCUGCUGGCGACUGCCGCGUGUUGCUGCAACACGACCGGCUGUGGGGAGGCAAGACCCCCUCUGCGAGCCCUCCCACCGGCGCUCGUCCGGGGGCUGCGAGUCGCUCUUCUUCGAGUGCUCAGCCGGUCCGAGUGGGUGUUCAUUACUGUGGGUUAAAUUUUGCAGAUAUCUUGGCCUGCCAGGGUUUGUAUCAGGAAAAACAUACUCUUCCGUUCACUCCUGGGAUGGAGUUCUCGGGGACGGUGAUGGAGACUGGAGGAAACGUGAGCGCCGUGAAGGAGGGAUGCCGAGUAGUUGGUGUGACUGGCACCACCGCUAUGGCCGAGGAGUGUGUCGUCGACCAGAAGAUGCUGUGGCGGAUCCCCGAAGGUGUGUCCUACGAGGACGCCGCGGUGCUGCCUGUCACUUACGGCACAGCCACGCUGGUUCUCGACCGCAGGGCACGCCUUCAGCCGGGGGAAACCGUUCUGGUGACGGCAGGAGCUGGGGCUACAGGGCUUGCUGUUAUUGAUCUGGCUGUCAAUAUUUUCAAGGCAAAGGUGAUAGCAGCGGCUGGAAGCGAUGCCAAAUGCGAGCUGGCUCUGAAGAGUGGUGCAAGCCACAGCGUGAACUACAGCUGGAGCAAUCUGAGGGAUGAAGUGAAGCGACUCACAGAUGGCAGAGGGGCCGACGUGGCUGUUGAGGCUGUUGGUGGGGACAUCUUCAAGGCAGCUCUGCAAAGGUGCGCUGAAUUUGGCUUGGGAGGGCAGGAUUGUGGUGAUAGGUUUUGCUGGAGGAAAAAUCCCCUCGAUUCCUGCCAACUUGCUGCUUCUGAAGAACGUGUCUGCCAUGGGAAUGUAUUGGAGUCGGUACCAGAAAGAGAAUUUCCCUGUUUUCUCCUCUGCGAUCUCUUCUGCUCUCCAGUAUUGCCAGGAGGGAAAGAUCCAUCCUAACAUUGGAGCAGUCUUCAAACUGGAAGAGGCAAAUGAAGCUUUUAACCACGUGCUCCAACGCAAGUCCACCGGAAAGGUCAUCAUCUCCAUGAAGUAAAUAGGUGCUUUUCCUAGGACUCGACCUCCUGCUCUUUUCCUGCCCUGAAGAGGAGACUCUCCAACCUACCUUCCCCCAACAUCAGACAAGCAAAAUGAAUCAGGGACAUAGUGACAGUGGCUUAGCAAGUUGCUGUUCGUCAGCUGAACAAACUGCUGUAGGUGUUGACAAGUGUGUGCUUUUAGCCUGUCCCGGUUCUGAGCUGGAGCCGAGCCACGCUGUCGCAGAGCGGAGCGGCCCACAGACGGGUGAAGCUCUUGCAACUGCCGCUCAGAUGUGUGGCAGACGCUUUGCUUUUGCUUUGUGCCUUCAAGCAGCCUAGGGGACCUGGUAGCACUGUGCAGGAUUUCUCACGUGGCUGUAUGCGUAUGCUGAAUGGUAACCCUGAGGAUUCCUCAGUGUUAAACCUACCUUAUAAGUGUCCUUACAGCCACAGUUGCAAGAGCAGUAAUUUUGACCAGGCUGCUUUGCACCCCAAAAUCUUGAAUAAAUUUACACUGCCCUCAA